CCUAGACAGUCGAGAAUAGAGAGAGGAGCGGGGAGAAACAUACGAGGAAGAAUACGCAUUGGUGGUUUCUUCAGGUUCACAUUAUCACCAGGAGAUCCCUCGUCUUCUAAUGGUGUCUACGCUCUGUACGUUAAACAACCGGGAUAUUUGACGAGAUAGUGUUGAGUGUUUUUUUCGUUGACGUUACACGAGCUUUCUUUUAUUGCACGUGUGCUCGACUGAUGCAGUGGAUGUGAAAAAGGGACUUACCGUUAGCGCUGAUCCGGAGGAAUGUAUCCAAAUCGGGAAACCUGGACCCAUCAUCUGCGGAGAUGUCAGGCAAAAGUUAUCUGCACUGUUGUGUUUCUCCAAAUUAUUCAAGAAUUAGGCGCAACAGGGUCGGACUUUCCCCAAGACCCCAGCGUGGAUGCUACCAGUUCAUGGAAGAGAACCAGUGAUAAUAAAGAGUACAUCCAGCUGGAUGCGCCCAUGAACAACAUCACCACGUCGCCGGGCCACACGGCUGAGCUGUUCUGCCGCGUGUCGGGUGACCCGCUGCCGGCCGUGCGCUGGCUGAAGAACGACGCGCCGGUGGUGCAAGAGCAGCGGCGAAUCUCCUACCGGCCCACCAUGUACGGCUCACGCCUGCGCAUCCGUAACCUGGACACCACCGACACAGGCUACUUUCAGUGUGUGGCCACCAACAGCCAGGGCUCGGUGUCCACCACUGGUGUGCUCUUCGUCAAGUUCGAUCCUCUGCCCACACUUCUGCCAGGAAGGCCUUCAGCGGAUGAUUUUGACGAGGAGGGCUUCUGCCAGCCCUACCGGGGAAUCGCCUGUGCCCGCUUCAUCGGCAACCGCAGCAUCUUUGUAGACUCGCUGCAGAUGCAGGGGGAGAUCGAAACCCAGAUCACAGCGGCCUUCACCAUGAUCGGGACAUCCAACCACCUUUCGGACCGCUGCUCCCAGUUCGCCAUCCCCUCCCUCUGCCACUUCGCCUUCCCCACAUGCGAUCGCAGCUCGGGGGCGGACAAGCCCCGCGACCUGUGCAAGGACGAGUGCGAGAUCCUGGAGAACGACCUUUGCAAGACGGAGUACAUCAUCGCCCGCUCCAACCCCCUCAUCCUGAAGCGCCUCAAGCUGCCCAACUGUGACGAGCUAGCUGCGUACGACAGCCCCGCCGCCGCCAACUGCCUGCGCAUCGGCAUCCCCAUGGCCGAGCCCAUCAACAAGAACCACAAGUGUUUCAACGGCUCCGGCUCGGACUACCGCGGCACAGUGAGCAUGACCAGGUCGGGGCGCCAGUGUCAACCCUGGAACUCCCAGCACCCCCACAGCCACAGCUACCUGGCCGUCCGCUACCCCGAGCUCAAUGGGGGCCACUCAUACUGCCGUAAUCCCGGCGACAAGCAUGAGGGCCCCUGGUGCUUCACACUCGACGACAGCGUCCGCAUGGAGCUCUGCGACAUUGCCAUCUGUGACCACAACAAGGACAAGAGCAGCAGUAGUAACAUGGAGAUCCUGUACAUCCUGAUCCCCAGCGUGGCCAUCCCCUUGGCCAUCGCCCUGCUCUUCUUCUUCAUCUGCGUCUGCCGCAACAACACCAAGACCCCUCGGACCCCCGUGCCCAGACAGCCCAAGCCGGUCCGGGGGCAGAACGUGGAGAUGUCCAUGCUCACCACCGUUUACAAGCCCAAAAGCAAGGCCAAGGAGCUGCCCCUAUCUGCGGUGCGCUUCAUGGAGGAGCUGGGGGAGUGCUCACUGGGGAAGAUCUACAAGGGUCACUUGUACCUCCCGGGCAUGGAGCAGGCCCAGCUGGUGGCCAUCAAAACGCUCAAGGACUUCUCCAACACGCAGCUGUGGGGGGACUUCCAGCAGGAGGGGUCCACAUUGGCUGAGCUCCACCACCCCAACGUGGUUUGUCUUCUGGGCAUGGUCACGCAGGAGCAGCCCGUCUGCCUGCUGUUUGAGUUCCUGCCCCAGGGCGACCUGCACGAGUUCCUCAUCAUGCGCUCGCCGCACUCAGACGUGGGCUGCAGCAGUGACGAGGACGGCACUGUCAAGUCCAGCCUAGACCACGGGGACUUCCUGCACAUGGCACUGCAGGUGGCGUCUGGCAUGGAGUACCUUGCCAGCCACUUCUAUAUCCACAAGGACCUGGCGGCGAGGAACAUCCUGGUGGGGGAGCAGCUGCACGUGAAGAUCUCGGACCUGGGCUUGUCCCGGGAGAUCUACUGCUCGGACUACUACCGCAUCCAGCCCAAAACGCUGCUGCCCAUCCGCUGGAUGCCCCCCGAGGCCAUCGCCUAUGGCAAGUUCACCACCGACUCGGACAUCUGGUCGUUCGGUGUGGUGCUGUGGGAGGUGUUCAGUUACGGCCUGCAGCCUUACUACGGCUUCUCCAACCAGGAGGUGAUGGAGAUGGUGAGGAAGAGGCAGCUGCUGCCCUGCCCUGAGGACUGCCCACCAAGGUUCUACGGCCUCAUGACGGAGUGCUGGCAGGAGGGCCCGGCCCGCCGGCCCCGCUUCAAGGACAUCCACGGGCGUCUGCGCGCCUGGGAGGGCAUGUCCUCCCACGGCAGCUCCAGCACGCCAUCGGGAGGCAACGCAACCACCCAGACCACCUCGCUCAGUGCCAGCCCCGUCAGCAACCUCAGCCACCCAACUCGCUACGCUGCCGCCCCGGGCUACAUGUACCCGGGCCAGCCGCUCUCCCCGCAGGCCCAGAUGGCCCAGAUGACGCAGAUGGGCCAGAUGGGUCAGAUCCCGACUGGGUGGACGCCUGUGGCCGUCGCCCAGGCCCACCAGCGCUUCAUCCCGGUCAGCGGCUACCCCAUCCCACCGGGCUACGCCGCCUUCCCGGCGCACUUUGCCGGCCCACCACAGCCCCCCACCCGGAUGGUGCAGCACCACCUGCCCCCGCCCAAGAGCCGCUCGCCCAGCAGCGCCAGUGGCUCCACCAGCACGGGCCAUGUGAGCGGAGUCCCCUCCACCACAGGCUCCAACCACGACGCCAAUACUCCCCUGCUCUCCCACUGCAUGGUGCAGGGCGGCCCUGGCGGGCAGAUGUACGGACAUAUUACUCAGAAGUCUGUGGGGCAGUUGGAGCACGGCUCCCAGACGGCAGCGCUGCUUGGCGGGGAUGGCAACAUACUGCUAUACAGCGACCCGGUCAUCACCGUGGACCUGUAGGCUCUUUGAUUCAGCUUCUUCUCGUUGCUUUCUAUGGCGUUGACACCCUUCUGAGGACUCCAGGCCCCAGUCUGGACAGAACCUUUUUUUACUCUUGCCCCCAUCUAUGUUAGCAUACUUCCUUGGUUUGUAAAUGUGCUCUUGUUUUUUUUAUUCAAUUUAUUUUAACCUUCUGUGUAAAUAAAUUAGAAAAAGUCAAAAAUGACAAAAAUGCAAAUAUAUAUAUGUAUAUAUAUAUUCAAAAGGAACAUUUUUUUAUUGAGCAAGAGACUUUUGACGUUACGUUUCGGGGUGGGGGAAGGGGCUGUACAUCCGUCCCCCUUACCUCUGCUGUUUCUGAUGAAGUCGUGGCCCAGAGUGUAACGCCUCGUGCCCACUGCACCGUCAGUCAAAGGACUCAGAAGGUGUGGCUCACGGAUGGGGGAGCUUUUCAGGGUCGUCAGAGCCCGAGUAGUGUCACUGUGCUUAAAUUUGCAUACGUGAUCUGAUUGGAUGAUGGAUCCGUCGCUGCCGAAAAACUUUUUCAACUUUUUGACGGAGCCUUCAGCACACGGAUCCACAAUGCAUUGCGCGUCCGUCCCCAUUCAAAGUCAAUGGGGAUCAGUCACAUACGGAGGCAGUGGGCACGGGGCGUAAGGCAGGCAGACCCGGGAGUCUCACAGACUGACUGACUUCCCCCCCAGGAGCGUCUCCCCCAAAUGAAGGUCUGCCAAGCGGUCUGCCAAGAGACUAUCGAUCACAAGGGGUUAUGAAUUUAAAGGGAACAGGACAUUUAUUCAGAGGUUUCAGCUUCCUUUCAGCAACACUGCAUCAUUUUGAGACUGGACAAGACAUGUCGUGAAGACAAGGGGGUCAAGAUCCUGGUUCCUCUGAAUCUGAGGAGCUGGCAGAAGCUCUGCGAUCAAGGCUUUGGUCUAGAACAACUAAUGGUAACACAUAAUUUAGAACAACCAACAGUUGCACAAGGUUUUGUCUGAAUUCAUGCAGGUAAUAGUGCGUCUGGCCAUAACAAUUCCCAGAGAUGAUAGAAAAGUCUGUUAUAGUCACACUUUACACUACUUCUAUCUGGCAAGUGUAUUGAGUGGAAAGGGAUGGGGGGGACCAGGGGCAGAGCACCAUCCCCCCGCCCCAACCACCCAGAGACCAUGCUCGGCAAUUUUCUUUCAUUUGUCAUGCUAUGGGUUGUCGCGGUCACUCUUGGGUGGGUUUGAUCAGAGUAUGAGCACGGUUCUGUUUCGCUUUAGAUUGGAUGCUGCAUUUUGCUUUUUAUCUGUCAUUUAUUUUUUUAUUUUUUUAUUUUUUUCCUUAAUAGGUGGGGUGGGGCCGGAGGGGGGGACAUUUAUAGUUUUGAAGGAUUUUUUUUCAGUACUGGGUGCCUAAUAUAAUGGGACACAAUCCGAGGUGAUUCUAUAGUGAUGCAUCAUACCGUCCCAUCAGUUGAGUCCCAACUUCAAAGUGCCAAGUUCAGGAAGUGAAACACUGAACCGGAACGGUGUGUCAAGUGGUGUGUCGUCCACAUGGGCCUUAUGGACUCUCAGCCCUGAAAAUGCUUCUGCAACUAAACAAAGUCAUCUUUGCCUUGGCCCGAGAACCAAAUGUAUAUAUCCUCCCUGCCUGCAUGUGAGGAGGAGAGGAAAGGACGAAAAGAUGUACAGGCGGCUCCAUACACUAUACCUGCCCUAUGACCUCACACUUGAUAUUGCUAUUAGUUUGCAUGUCAAGUGACACCACCUGGUACAAUAUCAGUCAAUCAGAAAGAGCAAAUGUAAUGGCCUUUGUUUCCCCAUAGGUGGUGCUGUCUCUGAUGUUUUGGUACCACACGUGAGGGCACGUAAGCUCAAGGAUAGCUUGGUCACCCCUCCCUGUACACAGCGAUGGUCUACACUGUGCAUGUCAAGUGUCAGUCUGUAGCCUAUUUAUCUAGAUGACCAAUGUGCUACGGCAAUGCUCCAUUUCGUUUUACUAGUAUGAGACCAGUAGUGAAUGUAUUUAUGUGUUUAUUCAGUGUAGCAUUCAAGGAGGUGCCAGAAUGCUAUUGCGCAAAUGAGGCAAAAUGGUCCAAACAAGCCUGAUGUGUCAUUUAACAUUUGUCCAACAUAAUACAUAACAAAACAAAUUAAUAUUACUUAAGCCUUAGUCCACUUUUGUCCAUUUGUGAUGGAUGGUAAAUACCUCGAAAAAUGACUCAUUAACAACGUAUGACCUAAAUGUUUGAAAAUGUAGGUACAUUUCAUCUUAAGGUGGGCUGUGUAUACCUUUCAUCUUUUGGACAAAUAGUCACAUCUGAAUGAUUUUUACACAGAUCAGCCUGCCGUAUUCACCGCAUAGUUAACCUGUCUUCUUGGCUUUCGCCUUUAGAUGUAGGGUCCUUUAAUUAGCUUUACUUCACUUUUGUUUUUGUUUGUUUUUUAAUCUUUCAAAUUAAGCAAACUGAGCUACCUAACAUAGCCGCUGAAGAUCUGUGCAGCCCUCCCAUUGAGCAAUGUUGAGAAUUCACCUUCACCCAACCGUCCCAUUUAAAAACCACUUGUACACAAGACUGUGAAUCGAAGCCAAAUCUAUUUUGUAUUUAAAAAGAGGAAAAAAACAUUUUUUGUGGCAUUUAACAAUAUCAUUGGAGACUCUUUCAGAUUUGUAAGAAAAAAACAAAUUUUGUUGUGAAAAGCAUAUGCCAUUACCCAUUAAAAACGGUUUACAUGAA